GCAAGGAGAAUCCCAGGGCUGAGAGGACAACUCAUUCCAUCGGAUGAUGCCCACUGUUUGCUCUUUAAUUAAAUCUUUCAACACUAAGAGAAAAACAGAACUGGCGUUGUAACUCUGGAGGGACCUGCAGAACGUUCACAGAAAGUUAGUUGGAAUUUCUCAAGCGCUGAAGAGCUGGCACUGACAAAUCUUAAGGGACCAUGUCGGAUGAUCGGAGCGUGUCAGACGUGGCGAGCUCGGGAGGCUCAGAGAAUGAGUCGGUAGUUUCUCCUGGAUCCUCUCUCGCUCCUGAUGGAGAUGAAAAGUUCCAGGCUGGCACCGAGGAAGGCAGUGGCAAACGGGAGAGCGAGGAAGAUAAAUUUCCGCUGUGCAUCCGAGAAGCGGUGAGCCAAGUGCUGGAAGGUUAUGACUGGACCCUAGUGCCCAUGCCGGUCCGAGUCAACGGCUCCUCAAAGAAUAAGCCUCAUGUCAAGAGACCUAUGAACGCCUUCAUGGUGUGGGCUCAGGCCGCAAGGAGGAAACUAGCAGAUCAAUACCCACAUCUCCACAACGCGGAGCUUAGCAAGACUCUGGGCAAACUCUGGAGGUUACUGAAUGAGAAUGACAAGAGGCCGUUUGUGGAGGAGGCAGAGAGGCUACGGUCGCAGCACAAGAAGGACCACCCUGACUACAAAUACCAGCCGCGGCGGCGCAAGAACAUGAAGCCAGGCCAGGCCGAGUCUGAGGGUCACACUGACGAUGGCCACCUCUCCGCUGGGCAGCCUCACUACAAGGCUGUGCCUCAGGACCGUGGGCGUGGUGCGGGAGCUUCCCCACUCUCAGAGGGGCACGAAGAGCACACAGGCCAGAACCACGGGCCCCCGACACCCCCCACCACCCCGAAGACAGAGAUCCAGCCGGGGAAAGUGGAGGGCAAGCGAGAUGGGCGCCCGCUGGUGGAAGGGGGCAAACCGCACAUCGACUUUGGCAACAUGGACAUCGGGGAGCUGAGUCACGAUGUCAUCUCCAACAUGGAAACCUUUGAUGUCCAUGAGUUUGACCAGUAUCUGCCCCCCAAUGGGCACCCAGCUCAUGGCCAGAGCCUGGCAGGAGGGGCGUACGUUGGGAAUUACGGGCUGGGGGGCAGCUCCUGGAUCGCCAAGCAGCACAGUGGAGCUGGUACCCCCUGUUCCUCAGCGUCCGAGUCCAAAGCUCAGAUCAAGACGGAGCAAGUUCACCCGAGUCACUACACAGAGCUACAGCACUCCUCGGCCCAGAUCACAUACACCUCCCUCAGCCUCCCACACUACGGCUCUGCUUUCCCCACCAUCACCAGGUCACAGUUUGACUACCCUGAGCACCAGCCUUCUGGAUCCUACUACAACCCCUCCAGCCAGGCAUCUGGACUCUACACAGCCUUCUCCUACAUGGGCCCAUCUCAGCGGCCACUCUACCCGUCUAUCAGUGACCCAUCCUCCGUGCCUCAGUCUCGCAGCCCCACUCACUGGGAGCAGCCGAUCUACACAACGCUCACUCGACCAUAGGAUCUCUCUCUCUCUCUCUCUCUCUGAACCUACUGUAUAAACACACACACACACACACACACACACACACACACACACACACACACACACACACACACACACACACACACACACACACACACACACACACACCAACCAUCCCAUCUCCCUACACACUGCACCGCCCACCCCCCACAUCCCACUCCUCACCCAUCAAAGACCCAGUGGGACUUGCUUGGUUUUGUUUGAGAAAGAAAUAGAAAAGCAGCCUCUGUCCACAGUGGAGCCUGAGUGUUCCCAUGUGUUGGGGUGGGAAAGCCCUGAUGGCAUGGAAGUUCCUCACCUUCAGACUCUGGCCUGGACUGAGGAGCGGAGCUGCUGAGGUUCCAGACUUAAAGCUGCACCAAGCCACCUGAGACACAACACUAAAGCAGAGGGGAUCGCGGAAAGGUGAAAGGUUCUCCAGUCAAUCUCACCAGGCCCUGAAACGCCAGGGAUUCUGUGACCCAACAAGUGACCAUUUUAUUAGUUGAGUCUGGAGUUGCUCAACACAUUGCAAACUCACAUCAUUCACAUGGGCCUUUGACAGAGGUCUACUCUGUCCGAAACCAUUCUGAAGAAGCAGAACUGUAAAAAAACUGUUAAUUUUCAAACGAGCGGGAUUCUAGUCUGAAAGUAACGUGAGCUUGUGACUGCCAGUGUCCUCUUGUCAAAAUUGUUAAACAUGGCUUGCCUUCAGUUGCCGUAACAUUUCCUUUAUUUUGUUUUUAACUUGCCUAGCCCUGUUAGGCUGUGGUUAGCUUCAGCCAGGGCUAACCUUUUGGAGCUGUUGCUAACAUUCUAGGUGCGACCAGAUAGCUACACAAUAAAAUGUGGAGGGAGGGCUGGAAUGGGGAGUCAGUGGAUGGGCUUAGUGGUAGAGGAGGAAACAGGAGCGAAGGACAGAGAAGCUUGACUUUCUGUAGCGCCUUUCAUGGGCUCCCCAUAGCCCUCCACAGCCUUUUCUCGAAGUGUCGCUGCUGCUGUAAACGUAGGAAGCUUGGCAGUCGAUUUGCGCACAGCAAGAUCCCAAGAAACAGCCACUGACCCCAGAUGGUCUGUUUUCUUUCUCAUAAGCGUUAUUUGAAGGACGAGUGGCUGGUCCCAGGAGCACUGGGGAAAAGGUUUUUUGAUUUGAAAUGGUGGUCACUGGGAAGAGAACAACUGAUGAAGAAAUGGGAAGUUUCAGGGGGGUGGGGUUGGAGGUUUUCCGGUUUCUAAGAGAUUCCUUUGUGUUUUAAUUUUGUCUUUGCUCUGUGCCAAACUCCUGCAUGCACCAAAGUGGGGUUUGUUAUAGGAGUUGGUGGGGAUCUGAUUCCUCAGUCAAUCCAUUAGCUGGAUUCUUGCCAGCAAUUAUUUGUCAACAAAGAGAUGACUUUUAAACCCUUCUCAAUAUUUAACAGAAAUGUGCAAUGAGUUACUGCUCAUGUCCAAUAGCUUCACCUCUAAGGGUUGGCCUUUUCACCCUAAACGUUAAGCCCAGAUUAGAGUUGCUAAUGCUCCUGGACUGUCCUGGGAAAUGCUGAUUGAACUUCCUCUGUCAGACAAACUGCUAAAAAGAAAAAUGUUGAUUAUCUCAGCAAAGAUUGGAGAUGGGCCAUUAGUGGGAGCCUGGGGAGGAGGUGACAAACCUGACCAUUGAGAAGCAGCCAAUCAAAGUAAUGAGCACAUGUUUGCUUUCUGAUUGGCUGACAGCAGGUAGGGCACCAUGGGAUUAUUGGAAAGCCGACUGAAGAAGACAGACUCUGGGCACCUGGAGGAUGAGGUGAUGAAGUCUCUAGGGAAGUAUUGUGGGACCCUACUGGCCUAAUGGAUUGGGCCUCAGGCUGUAGGCCUGUUUCCCGACUGAGUUAGGCCUGAAGCAGGCAGAGACAAGAUCUCUUAAACUCAACUUCUGUCACCUUUCCAAAACAGAAAUGACAGUCUCUGAUGUAGGAGAUGGAAUAAUGCAUUGAGUGGACAUCCGUAGACCAUAUCUUAAUUUAUUCAACCCUCACUUCUUGUAUCUGCAUAUGCUAUUGGGGCUGUGAUAUGAUUGGAUUAAUCACCCUGAGGUCUAUGUUAAAGAUGAGGAAUUAAAAUCAUGCAAUGGCAGAAUUUGAAGGAAAAAGCUCAAGUUUGUAAAGGUGACUGUGAAUCCAUUUAAUUUUCAGGAAAAUCGAUCCCUUCGGCAACUUUGACCUUAUUUACUCCAUCAAAACCCCUCACAUCUCAACUUUAACCCUCAGUGUCCAAGGAGAACAAUCCCAGCUUCUUCACUCACUCCAUGUAAUAGGAGUCCUUCAUCCUAUAGUAGACUAGGUGAUGAAUCAGGCCAGUCUAGGCCCUUGUUAAUGAACUUUAGGUGUGAGCAGAAUUUCCUUCAUUCAUUCAUGGGAUGUAGCCUCCACAUGGACAGUUAACUCAUGCCUAGUUGUUCCUUGAGAUUGUGGGGGUGAGCUGCCUUCUUGAAUCGCUGCAGUCCAUGUGCUGUAGGUUGACCCACAACACCCUUAACGAAUGAAUUCCAGGAUUUUGACCCAGUCACAGUGAAGGGACGGUGAUAUAUUUCCAAGUCAGGAUGGUGAGUGGCUCGGAGGGGAACUUGCAGGAGGUGGUGUUCCCAUGUGUCUGCUGUCCUUGUCCUUCCAGAUGGAAGUUGUUGUGGGUUUGGAAGGUGCUGUCUGAGGAUGUUUGGUGAAUUUCUGCAGUGCGUCUUGUAGAUGGUACACACUGCUGUUACUGAGUGUUGGUGUUGGACGGAGUGGAUACUUGUGGAUGUGGUGCCAAUCAAAAAGGCUGGAUGUCCUGGAUGGUGUCGAGCUUAGAGUGUUGCAGGAACUGUACCCAUCCAGGCAAGUGGGGAGUAUUCCAUCACACACCUGACUUGUGCUUUGUAGAUAAUGGACAAGCUUUGGGGAGUCAGGAUGUGAGUUACUUGCUGUAGGAUUCCCACAUUCUGAUCUAGGUCUUUAACAUCGUAGAAUUAUACCGUACACUGUGGUAGCAGGCCAUUUGGCCCAUUGAUUGCACACUGAUCCUUGAAUAGCAUUCAACACCCAGACCCAUCACCCCACAAUAUCCCUGUAACCCUUCAUUUCGCCCUAACCUGCACAUGUUGGACUAUAAUACCCCACCAGACGACCUGCUUCCCAUCUGCCCCUCUAAAAUGCACUCUGUUGUACUAUAUAAUGAGCAGCUCGUGUUGGUACUAAAUGCCAUUGACAUCCCAAAGUUGGGCAUAAAACUGAUGUCUCUGCAGGGACUCGCAUGCUGUUGACUUAGCCGUUGCCUGCUGUCUCAGAUGAAUAACUUAAUUGUCGAAAUUUCCCUUAAUUUUCUGGAAACAAAAUUACCCUCCCAACCCUUGGAACUAAACUAAAACCAAUGAAAUGAAAUUAGAUUAAUCGGUUGUCCCAUUCCACCCGCAUUUAUGCCACGGAAAAUGUGCCCCCAUUUGUUUCAGAAAUAAACUUGUGGGGAAAUGACGUUCCUUUAGCAAAGACCAAGCUGGUCUCCUGUCAGAGGGUCAGGUGCUUAACCCAUCGCAACCUCAUUAAUGUAUGCUUGUUGCUAAGCUCCCUCAAGGGCAUAAUGUUCAAAUCAGUGAAGCUAUGGAAAUGUGGAAUAGCAGAGUUUUUGGAAAGAAUAUUUAUUUUAGACUGUUAAGAUGCUGUCGCUGUUUUGUGAAUAUUUUAUUUAACAAUCCUAUUUUAUAAUGGUUAGAUUGUCCUCAGCCAUCUGCUGUUAGGCGUGUGUGGUGAGAGGCUGUACGCUGUAUCUUGCUCGGUAUUUUCUGAGUUAUGUAAAAACCUGUCUUCAGAAACCCUCUGUGGAUUGGGAUUAAUCAAAGUCAGGAUGGACGCAUUCCAAAUGGACCAGAGAUGACCCCAUGAACAUUCUCUAGUCUGCUUUAAGUUGGUUGACCCCGAAACAGCAAUUGUUCAGGCUAGAAGCAGUAAGAAACCAAAAAAAGAACAUUUGGCCUUGUGCUGGCUCUUGAUAACGUCUAUCCAGUAAUCCCACCCUUUCCCCAAAUCCCUGAAAAUCUGCCCCCUCAAGUAUUUAUUGAAAUUUCUCUGGACAGUUAUUAUUCAAUCUGCUUCCGGGGUCAGGCUCAAGGGGCCAGUAAUCUGAUCCUAUGUUUUUUCUGUGGUCUUCCCAUUGUCCUUUGAGGCAACAUAUUCCAGGCCACAAGCUGCACCCUGUCAAGUUCCUCCUCUUUCUCUCUGGGUCUUUUCAUUAUCUUUGAUAUAUAUCCAAAACAAAAUCUGAAGUUACUGGAAAAGCUCAGCAGGUGUCACAGCAUCUGUGGGGACCUGCUGAGUUUUUUCAGCAAUUUCUAAUUUCCAGCAUCCGCAGAUCUUUGUUUUUUCAAUAUGUAUCCCUCUGGCUCCUACUCUCCUGUCACUACAGACACUUUGACCUUAUUUACUCCAUCAAAACCCCUCACGUCUCAACUUUAACCCUUUAACCCAAGGAGAACAAAUCCCAGCUUCUUCACUCACUCCAUGUAAUAGGAGUCCUUCAUCCUACAGUAGACUAGGUGAUGAAUCAGGCCAGUCUAGGCCCUCGUUAGUGAACUUUAGGUGUGAGCAGAAUUUCCUUCAUUCAUUCAUGGGAUGUAGCCUCCACAUGGACAGUUAGCUCAUGCCUAGUUGUUCCUUGAGAAGGUGAGGGUGAGCUGCCUUCUUGAACUGCUGCUGUCCAUGUGCUGUAGGUUGACCCACAAUGCCCUUAACGAAAGAAUUCCAGGAUUUUGACCCAGUCACAGUGAAGGAACGGUGAUAUAUUUCCCGUUUGGGAUGAUGAGUGGCUCGGAGGGGAACUUGCAGGGGGUGGUGUUCCCAUGUGUCUGCUGUCCUUGUCCUUCUAGAUGGAAGUGAUUGUAGAUUUGGAAGGUGCUGUCUGAGGAUCUUUGGUGAAUUUCUGCAGUGCAUCUUGUAGAUGGUACACACUGCUGCUACUGAGCAUCGCUGGUGGGGAAGUGGACAUUUGUGGAUGUGGUGCCAAUCAAGCAGCUGCUUUGUCCUGGAUGGUGUUAAGUUUCUUGAGUGUUGUUGGGGCUGCCCCCAUCCAGGCAAGUGGGGAGUAUUCCAUUGCACUCCUGACUUGUGCCUUGUAGAUGGUGGGACAGGCUUUGGGGAAUCCGGAGGUGAGUUACUUGCUGUGGGAUUCCCAGCUUCUGACCUGCUGUUGCAACCAUGGUGCUGAUGUGGCUGUUCACCUUCAGUUUCUGGUCGAUGAUAACACCCAGGACGUUGGGUUCCUAUGAUGUUGCUGUUGAAUAGCUUUCUGACCUUCAUUGCCUGGGCUGAUUGGAUGAGCUCCAGAGCAGAGUGUUGCUAUGUUUAAAAGGCUGAGGGAUCUGAAUGCAGGGGAAGUCAGCUCUCCCAGAUGAACCUCUCCUGGCUAAGAGAUAACCCACCUUGUUAUCUCCGAUUCUCCAGCAUCUGCAGUUCCUACUAUCUCUGACGCUAAGAGAUAAGAUUUCUUGUCUGUGUAGCUGUUUGUAUUAUCUUAUUGUUCUCCCCAAACCCCCCAGGAAAAUGACCAAAGGUAUUUAACAUCACUUAUUCCUCUCCUUUGUAAUUAGAAAGGGAACAAAAUCCAUUGGAAAGCAUUUUCCUCCUUGGGUUCAAACUGGGGCCUUUGGGAUCGUGGGGGUAAGGUAUGGUGAAUGAAUUCUGUGAUCAGAUCCUGGGUGGGUUGGGGGGGUGAUAGUUAAAGGGAGGGAAGGAGCUUUAUGAUAUUAAUCUAUUUCUGACCCAUUGUGUUUUGAUCGGCCACAGUGACAGUUCAAUGAAAAGAUGUGGCAGUUUUCAGUCAGUUUAUUUGAGGGGUUUUGGGUGGCACUGCGACUGGGAAGCUGGGAGCUGGGAAUAUUUUUGAUUAAGUUUUUCAAAACCUACUCCCCACCCCCCCCCCCCACCCCCCGCCACCGUCUCCCCCGCCCAAAACCUGCAGCCUUUCAAUCUGUGAGUAAAAUUGUGAAAUAUUGAAAAUCCUCACGGUUUCCGGGCUUUGGUGCCUAUAGUCCUGGAUUAACUGGGAAAGAGAGUGCCCUGCUGUUUCUGCAAUGUUUCGUAAUCACAGGGCUGGAGGAGACACUGACUUUUAAUAAAAGAUUUUUGGUGUCGUUGAGGGAGGGGCUGAGUGUUGGCCUGGAGUACGAGAUGUUGUCAAACUGAUUCACGGUACUGCUCCUGUCCAGUCCCACCUGGCCCCCGACUGCCACUCUCAGUUGCUGGUAGUGAGGUGAACUGGAGCUUUGAUUUACACCCUGUUGUGCAGGUCUGAAAUUGUAUGAUAGCAUAUCCACACCUUGUGAAUUUCAUAGCUUCCCGUUUUGUUACACCUAGUGUAGUACAAUGUAACUGUGCUUUGGACAAAAUAAAUGUGUAAAGAUGGACAUGCCAGUUUACAUGUUCCUUAUAUAAACCUUC